GGAGUUUAAAUCCAACGUUCUUUUUAUAAAGCAAGCGUCUUCAGUCCGUGUUAACACACUGCACGUCAACACAGCCCUCCCUUUUUGCCGUUGAAAGCCAUACGGUCUGUGUCAUUUGGCGCCCUUCCGAGAUUUUCCCCUCAUUGAAUUAAGCGAGGGCAGAAGCUGAUCGAUUUGCGUUGCUUGCCCACAUCCGGGCUUUAAUUGAAAUUUGUUUACCUUUUAGACAGACCUGCCAAUAUUACUAGUAGACGUUUUCACACCUUUUUUUUUGGAUUCACCCUUUUUGACGUUUUGAUCCAUACCCUCAACAUAACACCCUUUGCAUCACGAUUGCGGCGUCAUAUAAUGUUUGCCUGGGCUGCAUCUCUAUUUGCGGAGGCUCCUUCGACGGUGGACAUGGAUAUGAUGGAGCUUGAAUCAGAACAAGCCGGCAUGUCUGUAGAAGGGGAAGAAAACGCAAAAGAGCACUGGAUAGUGGUUGGAAACGUGCAUGAUAUGAUUGAUAGAGAUGAUAACGUUAUUGCUGAGUACUACGAAGACUUUUCCUUUGAUCACGACGAGGAGCAUUCGGACGAAAGUGAAUGUCUAGAUGACGAAGUCAUACCUCCGACGCCGACCAUACCGCCGACAAUUCCAUCCUUGUCGGGACUGACUAUUCCUGCGCUCGAUCAACCACUUUGUUGGACAUCACGAGUAUUUGCAUACUAUCCCAAGCCCGCAUCCUACUACUUGCGGCAUCCUGCCCCCUCCCACAUCUUCAAGAAGGAUCCAAAGUUCUCCAUCUCCAUCGGAAAAACACCGCAUCCUCAUCCUUUGCUGAUUGCGUUGCGAUUUCGCGAGUUGCGGUGGCGAAAGCUGCGCAGAUACAACGAUCAAGCUGCUCGAUGGCGAAAUUCUCAUCCAAUAAGCCACAAGCCUUUCGGAACAAGUAGAUCCGGAAUACGAUAGCACACUUUGUAUUUACAUAUAUAUUAUGCAUUGUAUAUGGGAUUGUUCGCCGGAUGUGCUUAUACAUAAAGGAGUUGUACCUAUGGAGUUUGCAGGUUGAGAGUUGUCUGCGAUUGUUGGGACAAAGUAAUACUACAUCAUUCAGAACAUUGGCUUUUGUAAAAUGUCAA